CGUUGCGCUGAGGCUGACGCGUAUGGAAGUUACAGAAAUGGGAAAGUAUACCGUGUUCUCGGUGCUUUUAUUGGUUUUGUUUUUAUUCUCGUGCUUGUGUAGCUUCUCGUUUGCGUCAGAAAUCAGUUUUGUGACGUGCGGCUCGGUGGUGAAGCUGCUGAACGUCAAACACAACGUCAGGCUGCAUUCUCAUGAUGUUCGGUACGGCUCCGGUAGCGGUCAGCAGUCUGUGACUGGAGUGACUACAGUGGAAGACAGCAACAGUUACUGGAGCGUGCGUGGGACCAAUGGGGAAGGUUGUCAUCGAGGAACUCCAGUCAAAUGUGGGCAGAGCAUCAGACUUACGCACGUAAACACAGGCCGUAAUCUGCACAGCCACUAUUUUGCAUCUCCGUUGUCGUCCAACCAGGAAGUCAGUGCCUUCGGAGAGGACGGUGAAGGUGACCAUCUGGAUGAGUGGACUGUCCUGUGUAGGGGUUCUGUAUGGCAGCGUGAUGAGUCGGUGCGUUUCCAGCACGCUGCCACAGAGGCACUGCUGUCGGUGACAGGCGAGCAGUACGGCAGGCCCAUCCACGGCCAGAGAGAAGUGCACGCGAUGACCAGCAGCAGCCAACACAGCUACUGGAAAGCUAUGGAGGGGAUUUUUAUGAAACCCAAUGAAAUGGCAUACAAAGACUUCAGUGGUCCAACACACACUGAGUUCUGACUGUUUUCACUCCAGCAAGCUGUCUGUCUGGCAGCACAGUGCGUUUGUUCUAUUUUUCUUUUAAUACAGAAAUCUCCCACCAAAGGAUUCUACAUCUGUUUAAAAUGUGACAGCUCACAUUACUCUGACUGCACAGUGAUAUGAAGAGCACAGAGACUUUGAUUUAAUUCAUCCUUAUUUAAUAUCUAAUAUUUAAUAAGUUGGACAUUUUGAGGGUUCAUCAACAGCAAAAAAAUAUAGGUCAGUGUAGCACUUUAGAAAUACUGUAGAUGAACUAUUUGCCAUGUACACAGUUGUGUGAAAAAGUUUGCAUACCUUUAAACAAAACAAAGAAUAUUUCUAAAUAUGCGGCAGUCUGGGUUAAACCAUUACACAUUACUGCCAAAAAAAAAGUUUGCGCCGGAUUUUUUUUUUCUUCAGCAGAUGUGUGACUUGUGCUUUUGCUUGUAAGCAGCAUUGCUCCCACAUAGUACCUCGAGAGUUUAUUUACAUUUGGAUAAAAAAAAAAGAUAAAAAUUUACACUAGAUGGCACACCAGAGCCAAAACAUUCCUAUGCCUAUGCAAAGUUUUAUGUGUAUGCUUGGCAUUGGAAUGUUAAUGUUUUGUUUGUGAGGAUGUUCUUAUACAAUAUACAGUAUCUGUAUACUCCUGACCAACUGUAUGCGGGAUCCCCUAGUGGUAGAACAAUGUAAUAGCUGGUAAACUGACACUUCUCAGAUUUUAUACAUGUACUGUUCAUCAUAUCAGCAUCGUUAGAAAGACCCCAACAUAACGAUUUUAAGUGUGUGGGGUUUAAUCAGUCUUUGCCUUUGUUCGCCCUUGUGUUCAAAAAUCCACAAGACUGGUACACAAAAGAGAUCUUCAGAAAAAUUGAAACACAUCAUAAUAGCUAAACCAGUUCACAUCAGUCGUCAAUGCCUGUCUAGAAUCUUGAGUACAUAAAACCUAAAUAUUUAAUUAUUUAUAUAUGUAAUGGAUGGAAAUUACAGUUGCGGUCCAAAUAACCACAGGACGCACAUGGUAGCUAUCUUGUGCAUAUGUACGAGCCAGGCUAAUAAUAAACUCUGACAGCUCAGCUGUAAAUAUAUUUCACCCAAAUGAUAUGACCUCUUCAUAAUUAGUAUAUUAGUACAAUAAACACCCAGAAACCAUGUUUGUGGGAUGUAAACCUUUGCAGAAAACUGUAUGUAUCUUUUCAUGUGAAAGCUUUAGCAUGUCAUUACUUCUUAUAGGAUGCUAGAUUUUAUGAGGCACUGCAUGUUUACAGCUUUUUACUUCUCAUUUAUAAAAUUUUACAGAGGAGCUGACCUAUAUUUGAUUUGCAGUAUUAUUAAUUUUAUUGUAAAAUGGUUUUUUCCCUAGUAUUUUUAAGCUGUCUAGAUAAUUAUUCUGUUAUUCUUUGGGCUAUCAGUUUGUUUGUCCUGUGCGCACAGUUCAGUAUUAUAGUAAGUUAAAUUUGAGUUAUGAUUGUUUUAAAUUCGUUAGUCAUGUCCUGGGUUUGGGAAUUGCACUUUAAAUCAAAUAGGCCAGAUCCUGCAUAAGUAAAAGCCCUUUAGCAAUGUUAAAGUUUUAACAUUAUGCAAACUGUUACUACAUUGCAACAACUAGAAGAAGUUUUUUUUUUAUAAGCAAAUACACUAAAGGUACUACAAUAAUUAUACAAGGGUUUUACUCAAAGUAAUGUAAAAGUGGGCAACUUUUUUAAUAAAUUUAUUUUUUAUUAACUGACAUAGGUGAUUCAAAUUGCACAUGGUAGAUUAACCAUCACCAGCGAUGCAUUCGCACCAUUUCUGAGUUUCUCUGUUGAUGGUCUUCAAAGCUGGGUUUCUCCUUCUUUUAACUUUUUUUCUCCUUUAGUGCACAUUGCUCUUGGUAAUAAUGAUGCCAUCUUCGUAAACAUUCUGUAGCGCAGUGAGAGACCAUCAACUGCGACAAAGUGGAUUUUCAGUGAGGAUUCAAUAGUUGGGUUCAGCAAUGGUGCAAUUGCUUGUGAUGGAAGAGUUACCCUACAAACAUGCAAUUUGAACGACCUAUGUCAGUUAGUUACACCAACAUGUUUUGCAUUAUGUUUGGUACGGCCUUCGUAAAAUUAUCAGUAUACUGUAGUCCAAGUUUAAAAAGACUUAGCUUAUUUGUUCCCAUAAUAAAGGUUUGUUGUCAGGCUUGCUAACUGAAGUUCAGAACACUAACUGGACUGAGAUGCUUGACAUUAAUUUGGAUCUGACUUUCUUUUUGUUUUUCAAAGAAUGUUUUAUUGCCAUGGCCCUGGAAAGGCAUCUUUACUAUCUCUGUAAUUAAAUGGCUUUCUGUUCCAAGCUGUUACUCCAGCAGGAAGCUGUGGGAAAAAAUGGAUUAUAUCUUUUUUUUUAACUGUCUACACAGUCAGCUUCAACAUUAUCCCCUUGUUCUCAGGUAACAAUAGAAGUGAGAAUGUGUGAUAUGCUAUUUAAAAUUAAAAAUUUGUUACAGCUUGGAUUUCUCUUGUGUUGCCCAUGAAAGACAAAACAUAAAGACAAAGACAUUCAUGAAUACAUCUACAAAAAAUACAUUUUGUAUCAUUAAAAAAAUGUAACCUACAUUUACUAAGGGUGCUGAUAAUUCUGGUGCUGGCUGUAUUGUAUAUUUUCUAAUCUGUACUGCUGAAUUAAGACAUUUUGAUUUUAGGGACGGUUUUGAAAUAAAGUCAUCCUUGAAUUAUAAUGAUUUUUA